UGGCCAGACGGCCACAAGGAUUCCAUUCGCCUGACCCGGCCCGGCUUGACCCUGCCUGGGCGCGCCAUGUUCGCGCGUGGGUCCCGGAGGCGCCGCUCAGGGCGCGCGCCUCAAGAAGCAGAGGACCCAGACCGAGGCCAGCCCUGCAACUCCUGCAGGGAGCAGUGCCCCGGCUUCCUGCUGCAUGGCUGGAGAAAGAUCUGCCAGCACUGCAAAUGCCCACGGGAGGAGCACGCCGUGCACGCAGUGCCUGUGGACCUGGAACGCAUCAUGUGUCGGCUAAUCUCAGACUUCCAGCGCCACUCCAUCUCUGACGACGACUCCGGCUGUGCCUCGGAGGAGUAUGCCUGGGUGCCCCCUGGUCUCAAGCCCGAGCAGGUGUACCAAUUUUUCAGCUGCCUUCCAGAGGACAAGGUCCCCUACGUCAACAGUCCCGGGGAGAAAUACAGGAUCAAGCAGCUGCUGCACCAGCUGCCCCCACAUGACAGUGAGGCACAGUACUGCACAGCACUGGAAGAGGAAGAGAAGAAAGAGCUCAGAGCCUUCAGCCAGCAGCGGAAGCGGGAGAAUCUGGGGCGUGGCACUGUGCGCAUCUUCCCCGUGACCAUCACAGGGGCCAUCUGUGAGGAGUGUGGGAAGCAGAUUGGAGGUGGGGACAUCGCCGUGUUUGCCAGCCGUGCAGGCCUGGGUGCCUGCUGGCACCCACAGUGCUUUGUGUGCUCCACGUGCCGGGAGCUGCUGGUGGACCUCAUCUACUUCUACCAUGCGGGCAAGGUCUACUGUGGUCGCCACCAUGCUGAACGCCUGCGCCCGCGCUGCCAAGCCUGUGACGAGAUCAUCUUCUCCCAUGAGUGCACAGAGGCCGAGGGCCGGCACUGGCACAUGGGUCACUUCUGCUGCUUUGAGUGUGAAGCAUCACUGGGAGGGCAGCGCUAUGUCAUGCGUCAGAGCCGCCCCCACUGCUGCGCCUGCUACGAGGCCCGCCACGCGGAGUAUUGUGAUGGCUGUGGGGAGCACAUUGGCCUGGACCAGGGCCAGAUGGCUUAUGAGGGCCAGCACUGGCACGCCUCAGACCGCUGCUUCUGCUGUAGUCGCUGUGGGCGAACCCUCUUGGGCCGCCCCUUCCUGCCACGCCGUGGCCUAAUCUUCUGCUCCCGAGCCUGCAGCCUGGGGUCCGAGCUCACGGCUCCGGGGCCCGGCCGCCGCAGCUGGAGCGCAGGCACGGUCUCCACACCUCUCACAGCCUCUACAGCCUCUUUCUCUGCUGUGGAGGGGGCGUCUGAGACCUCCACAAAAGGCACCAGCACCGAGCCAGAGCCUGCUGCAGGCCCCGAGGAGCCUGCCCGCUUUCUGAGAGGGGCCCCUCACCGCCACUCCAUGCCUGAGCUGGGGCUCCGCAGUGUCCCCGAACCACCCUCAGGGCCUCCCGGCCAGCCGGACCCGCACCCAGAAGAUGGUGCCUUUGGUCGCCAGAGCACCCCACGCGUCAGCUUCCGCGACCCUUUGGUGUCUGAGGGAGGCCCGCGGCGGUCCCUGAGUGUGCCCCCAGCCCAGCGCCGCAGGCCACGCAGCCCCCCGCCCAGGGGCCCCAUACAUCGUCGCCGCCACCACCACCACCACCACCAUCACCGCCGCCACUCUGGCAGACGUCGCCACCAUCAAUGUGACUUGGGAUCAGGGUCGGACUCGGGAUCUUGCUCCAGCUCGCCCUCCAGUCCCAGUUCCGAAUCCUCAGAGGACGAUGGCUUCUUCCUAGGGGAACGCAUCCCACUGCCCCCGCACCUGUGCAGGCCAAUGCCUGCUCAGGACAUUGCAACUGAGACCCCCAAUUCCCCAUCUCCACAGCUCCCCGGGAACUCUCGCCCAGGGAUGCCUCGCCAGGCCAGAGACAAGAACUGCAUCGUGGCUUGAAGGAGUGACAGUUCUGGAGGGCUGCACUCUCAAGUCAGUGUAGAUGAUGACCCAGCCCCCCAACUUAAGUCAUAAAUCCCUUGCCUUCCUCCCUCCUU